AUCAUUUUAUCAGUAUAUAAAUAAAAUAUUAAAAAUAAAUUUAAUUAUCUGUUAUUUUCGGCUUUUCUUGUGCUGUUGCCACCACAACGUUGUCUUCUCGGGGUUUAAGUUUGAUCUAAUGGCUUCGAAUCCAGAGAAAAACCCGCUGAUUCCUUCAGAUGAGAAAACCGAAUCGAAGGAGGAGAGCAAGAGUCCUAAACCGGAAUCAGCAGCAGCAGCAUCAGCAGCAUCUGGGAGUUCACCUUCAUCACCUAACCCUCCUGGCUUGAAUUUCAAUGCUUUUGAUUUCUCAAACAUGGCUAGUAUCCUCAACGAUCCAAGCAUCAGAGAAUUGGCGGAGCAGAUUGCUAAAGAUCCUGCCUUUAACCAGUUGGCUGAGCAGCUUCAGAGAUCUAUCCCAAACGCAGCUGAGGGAGGAGCAGGAGGAGGAGGUUUCCCUAACAUUGAUCCACAACAGUAUGUCAGCACAAUGGAACAGGUUAUGCAUAACCCCGAGUUUCAGACCAUGGCUGAGCGACUUGGUAACGCCUUGGUCAAGGAUCCACAAAUGUCUCCCUUUUUGGAUGCUUUCUCAAACCCUGAAACAGCUGAGAACUUUACUGAGCGUAUGGCACGGUUGAAAGAAGAUCCAGAGUUGAAACCUAUACUUGAUGAGAUUGAUGCUGGUGGUCCUUCUGCCAUGAUGAAGUACUGGAAUGAUAAAGAUGUACUGAAAAAGCUUGGUGAAGCAAUGGGUAUGCCUGUUGUUGGCUUGCCUGACCAGACGCCUUCAGCUGAACCCGAGGUGGCUGAAGAAGAAGAAGAAGAGUCUAUUGUUCAUCAAACGGCCAGUCUUGGUGAUGUUGAGGGUUUGAAAACCGCUUUGGAAUCUGGUGGUAACAAAGAUGAAGAAGAUUCUGAAGGAAGGACAGCACUGCAUUUUGCGUGUGGAUACGGCGAGUUAAAAUGUGCUCAAGUUCUUAUCGAUGCUGGAGCAAGUGUUAACGCUGUUGACAAAAACAAGAACACACCUCUGCAUUACGCUGCUGGUUACGGGAGGAAAGAUUGUGUUAGCCUUCUCCUUGAGAAUGGUGCAGCAGUGACUCUGCAAAACCUAGACGAGAAGACACCCAUUGAUGUGGCUAAGCUCAAUAACCAGCUCGAGGUGGUGAAGCUGCUCGAGAAAGAUGCUUUCCUCUGAGCGUGGGUCAAAAAGGAAACUCUAUUAUCUUUGAAGGAUUUGUCUUGUGUUGCGUCGUGAACCAUUUGACAGACUUUUGUAUGACCUCUUUUCGGUUUCAUUUGUGUUUUAUUAGUCUCAAAUUAAAAUUUGUGAUGAUUUUGAUUUUCAUUUAAAGUCAAUAAAAAAAAAAAAGAUCACUCUGA